AUGACAGUGAAGGCCAUCCAAAGACUACAGGAAGUGUUUGCUUUUGAAGAGAUCCAUCAUGAUAUUCCACCACAGAAGAAACCCCCUCGAUUCAUGCUGGACUUGUACAACCAAGUGGCAGAUUCUGAUGGCAUAACCAAAGCACCAGGUCUACUGCAAGGGAACGUAGUCAGGAGCUUUGAGAGCAAAGGUAAGGAGGCAUUGGUGCCUAUAUUAUAUUAAUAUAUGUUACCUCAUAUACAAAUCAUAAGUAGAACAAUUCUUAAAGAAAUUAAUUUACUUUAGAAGUAGUAUUCCACAUUUGGAGACACGUCCACACUGGGACAUUUACUGAGAUGUUACUCAAGGUAGCGGUCAAAUGUGGACUUAAAAAUAAACUGGAUUGUACCUACAAUUUAAGAAAUAACAUUUCUUAAAGCUCUUUGAGAGCUCUAAGCUUAUAUUUAUUUAUUUUAGUAAUUAGAAAAGAGUUUCAGGCAUUUUAUGUUUGUUUUAUUUAUGUCACACAUUGGGUGUGUUUGUGUGUGCAUGUAUGCUGAUGGUAAUGUACACUAAGGUGUAAUAUGUUUGUACAGUUCCAAAGAGGAAUUCACUAACUUACAAAGGGGUCAAUGUGACAUCUCAUUGUAAUACAAUACUAAAAAACAAAUGUAAAAAGUAAAUCCCAACCCAUGGAAGUUUUCCUUGUCAUUGAAACCCAUAUCAGAUUUAAGGAACAAACAUUUUAAGAGAUCGUGUUUAAGAAGGAUAACAUAGAAUGUAACAGGCAGUAACACAACAUAAUGAGCUAUUUCUGUUUUGUUGGGGGCUGGGGGGGGAUUGUCCAUUAGUAUGUGGAAAACCUUAUUUGUCUUAUCUUGCAUUUAAAUUUUAAUUCUCGAAUCACAACCCACUAGUACUGUUUCAGAAUCUUCUUUAGAAGAACAUUCAGGCAGACCAUCUAAAUUCUGUGACUCAAAAAACAUAAUUUCUGUACAUCUAUUGCAUUGAAAUAUUUAAGAAAGAAUCACAUUUUGUGUGUUUGUUUUUUCCCCCCCUUUAUUUACAGCCUCUAUUAUAGAGGCUGUAAAUGCACAUUAAAGGUGUAACAUGCACAUUAAAGGGUCCUGGACAUCACACCACUUUUGAUUGCCAGUUGCCUUAGCAUUUCUUAUGGCUUUAAGAUGACAGACUAUUAACCUUGUUUAAGCCUCAUUAUGUCAUAAUAUUUCACCUCUCUUACUACUCUCCAUUUGCAGUGAAUGCUGAUCCUGAACAUCCUUACUUCUUCAACAUCUCAUCGGUGGGGACCAACGAGAAGGUGCUAAAGGCUGAACUUCGCAUUUUUAAGUGGAAGCCUCUUGCAAUGGUUGCAAAGCACCAUUUCUGUAGGGUAAGUAUUGAUAUUGCUUUCUAAAUACUAUAUGUUGAUCUAACAAUCCAGGAGGCCAAAUCACACUAGUUCACGUAGAUUAAAGGCAAAUUUUAAGUGGUGGGCUUCAACCAGUGUGCUAUGGCACAUGCCAAGUCACCAUAAAGUGUGCCAUAAACAUAAGGACUUCAGGCCUGUGACAUGCUGUAAGCAGUUAUUCCUUUAAUUUCACCCCUUAGGGCCUUUAAAACACCACAAAUGUGUCUCUAUAUUCACAUAAAUGACCAAGUCCAGCAGGAACAAGCACACAUCACCUCUUUGCAGUUUUUUUAUGCUUUUUGUAUGUUCAGUACGUUUUCAAGGUCUACAGUACUAAAAGUACUGCACAAACAAUACAAGAAAAAAAAAGAACACAGAGACGUGAUAUAUGCUUGGGCAUUCAUAUGCGUAUGAAGGUAAAACCACUUUCUAAUGUUUUAAAGAUCCUAAGCAGUGAAAUUAAAAUAGUUUAUUGUUUUAUAUGCUGUGUCCUUCUGCUAUGGUGAGAGCCUAUCUUUGCUUAGUCUUGGUCCUAAAAAAAAAAUAAUGAGAUUUUCAUAAAGAAAGAAUCUUUAUGAAAUACUCUAAUGACUGUGUUGAAAUUUCACUGACAUUUCAACCCAGUCAAGAGAUAUGCUGAGACACUUCUAGACACUGGGCUUGGAAUUGGCCAGGAGAAUAUGGUGGUGUCCAUGAGAAACAGUUUCAGGUAAGUGACAAUUUCAAUGUCGGGGGUCUUUGCAAAUUCUGGAAAGUCCCCAGAUGAUGACAGUGCAGCUUUCACUGUGAGAUUUACUAAGCUUUAGAAAACAAAUGGAUUUAUACACAAAACACCAACUUUAAGGAAAUUGAAACCCAAAAAGAAAAAUCUAGUCACAUUUUGUCUAUUUGAAUCUAAAUUUUGUUUUGUAAAUCAUUACAAUUUAGUGUUUAAAGAAUAAACCCCAAAUUGUUUAAGGGAAAAUGCCUUUUAUUUCAUGUAGACAGUCAUGUUCAUCAUCUGCUACAUUUGAUCAUCAACAAUUCAUUUAGAUUCAAUGAGACAUAAUAUAUGGAUAAUACCUUGCAAUAUCUAUGCAAAAAUAAUAAAUCACAACGAAUAAAAAAAAUACACAGAUACAAAGUUUCUGCAAAACAUUAUUCUUUGCAGCUUCUGCAGUGUCACUAAACCAUAAAUGUAAUAAAUCAUGAUGCGUGCAUAACUUUCUAUAUCACCCCUGUGCGUAUCCAACAGGUAGUGAAUUAUGGACACGGCAUUCAUUGCUACAUUUAGUUGUCAUUUAGUUGUCAGAUUUCUGCUGUAAAAAAUGCAUGACAUCAUGUACAGAUAACUUUUUUUUUUAACAGAAAGGGAAACACUGUAUGGAAUCUGGAAACAAUGAUAUAGUUGUCUAAUCAUACAUUGUUGAAUGUACUGAGAAACAUUAUUACUGUAUAACACAAUUUCUACAGUUUUGCUUGAAUUAUAUGUAAUCCAACUAUUAUGUCCAUGUGUUGGUACCUGCGUGUACCCCAUACCAUUGGCUAUUGUUAUUAUCCUCAAUUAAACUCUGAUUAAAGAUAAGUUUCUUUAAAAAGAAAAAGGCAAACAUCUCACAUUAGUAGGUUAGCAGGAAAAAAAACAGAGAAAACGAAUUAGAUAACAAAUACAAAGAUUAAGAGUAAAAAAAAAAAAACAUUGAGAAGAAAAAAAUAACUGUGACAUAACCUGUGCAUUACUUUGUCAUGCGGAGGUUCCUGGAGGACCCUUUUAAAUGAUAAGAAACAAACACGUGGUCUGCUACAUAUUUCUGUCCCAUAGUUUCCACUAGGGUGUGUGUCUAUAUAUGUUUGUAUAGAUACAUUAAUAUAUAUAUAUAUAUUAGACGAAAUGAGUAUGUUCUGUAAUGCUGCCUUUAAAUUGAUCACUAUUAUGGGAAAAUUGAAGAAAUGGCAGGGAUUUCCUUUAGAUUUUAUGUUUAUUGUAUUUUUUAGCAGGUGCACCACUAUAAAUGAAACUCCUUCAAAAGUAAAAAAUCUAAAUGUUUGUAUUUGUCUGAUCUAUUUUCUGCUUCUUUUUAAAAUCUCUAUAUCUAGGUGGAUCUGUAUGAGCUUUUUGACAGUGCCUCAACACCCUGGAGAGGGAACUUGAUUGCCUCCCGUCUUCUACCCCUGCACUUCCAGGGCUGGGAGAUGUUCAAUGUCACUCUGACAGUAAGUGUUAUCUUUGUGGUUUUUUGUAAGGGAUUUUCUGAUUGACUCAUAAGUCCAUUCUGUUGACUCUUUGCUGGUUCCCCUAUAGUUCUCAAGUUUCAAGUUAACAUAUUUGUGUAAGCUACCAUUUUGCAGUGCGGUCUCGAACACUAUUUACUACUUUAAAUCCCAUUAUUAUUAUUAUUAUUGGCAUUUAUAUAGUGCAAACAUACUCUGUAAUUGCACUUUACAAUAAUAGAAAGGGGAUAUUCAGAGGUGAAGAAGACCAUGCUCAUAAAAGUUUUCAAUCUAUGAGGAUUAUGAUUACUUCUUGGUUGUAGCAUUGAAAUAAUGUAGCUUCAGCACACAUGGUCAGGGAGAGGUGUAUUUGUGUUAGUACUACCAUAACAUAGGCAACUUUUCUGUCCAUAGUUACUUUUCCAAGCCUGAUCUGCAUAUCCGUAAAUUGAUUUACCACCAUGUGACGAAAAAAGUGGGUGUAGUAUAAGACACAUCGCUAUUAGGGUUAUUCACUUAAAUGUAAACUGUUGGGAAUUCAAAGUGAAUUUCAAAAUUUAAGAUAAAAUAGCCAAAAAUGUGACGUUCUCCAAGUCAGAUUUUUUUUCUUUUAUUAUUUAUUUUCCUCUCAAUUUGGCAAUUUUGGCUUAAAAUUUAAAGUUGACUUUGAAUGACAUUGAAUUUCUGACUUUUGACAACUAAUUGAAUAUUCAUGUUUGCACUCCAUAUGUAAGUAAAGGAAAAUAUUGGAGGAAAUAGUUUGCAUAUAGCAUUUGUACAGAAUUCAAAUAAGGAAAUUGUUAAAGUGUAUAUUCUACAAUAAUGAAUUCAACAACAUGAUGUUCUGCCACCUAUAAGCAUUGUUUAAGAUGUGGUGGGUUUUAUAAAAAAGCUGCAUUCACAAUGACCUUGUGUGAUGGGGACAUUUUCUGUUGUAGUCACAAUUCAGUUAGUGUUAGCCCUUUUGUAUAGUAUGAUAGUAUGGUUAAGGGUACUGUAUAGUAAUAUAAUUAUAGCUUAUAUUCAGAAGAUAAAUUGGAGGGAAAUUAGGGGGUGCGAGUUCAUAGGUUAAAAUUAUUUGUCCCAAUAAUACAAAAAUAUAUAUAUUAAUAUUUUUGUGUUAUUUUUUAUGUAUUUGUAAGUAUAUGCCAAAGUGUAACAGAAUGAUUAAGCUACAUUUUACAGUUAUAAAAAUGUAUAUAUUUUUAACAUAGGUUGAAAAAAAGACUCCGUCUUUGAAAUUCAGUCUUUCUCAUAUCUGUUUUUUUCAAAAUUAGGCAAAUAAACACCCAAUUUGAAUUAAUUUUCAGUUUCGCAAAAAAAAACCAAAAAAAAAACCUACUUAACUCCAAACGUGGCUGUGAGAUUUCUCUAUGAAUUAACAAUUUGAGAAGAGCCUUCAGAAGCUCAUUGCACCAUAACCACUACAAAACAUAUAGUAGUUAUGGUUCUUAAAAUGACCCUUUAAUGAGGAAACCAUUCAGCAUGCUCUCUUACUGUACAACAGUAACACAACACUGUACAAACACCUUAUCUUCGUUUAACAUAUACAACUAUCUCGCAACUUGAAAAAGAAGCAACUAAAACCCUUACAUCAUGCGUAUUUAUCAGCAUUUAUGUAUGUGAUCUGAUUUUGGUUAGUUAUAAUUAGUUAACCAAUAAGAAGAAUGAUGAGUAUAUUUAGCACUUUGGAUAACGCAGUGACAUCUUGAUUUUCUUUCUCCCAGGUCUCUAAGUGGGUUGGUGAAAGCAAUAUGAACCAUGGUUUCCUUGUUACAUACAUUCUACCUUCUGGGAAAUACAUGGAGACAGUCCUAGGACAGAAGAAGCAUCAGUCAGUAAUCAGGAGGUCCUAUCUUGUCCUCCAUAGUGAUGAUGGAAGGGGGGGAGUCACAAAGAGUGAAACGUUCCAUUACAAUAUAAAGGACCAAGGUAAGAGGAUAUACCGAUUUCUACAAAUUAAUUCAUUAUUUGAAUUAGCCAACUGGCAAAUGUACUUUUUACUGAUAUAUGAAAAAAGUGUUUGGUUUUUGUUAUCUAUGUUAUGUAUGUAUUUACAUGUAAGAUCUUCUUCCACUCUAAGCAUACUCCAAGCACUAAUUGCACUAGUUAGAGUUUUACUUUGUACUCAUGCUGUAUUUUUAUCCACAUGCAAAGUUCACACUAAUCUGAGUACAUUGUGUACUGAGAGUACAUCUAAUAUGGAAGGUUUUUUUUUGUUUGUUUUUUUAUAAUUCUUUAUUUUUAAUGUGUAAAGCUUCCACACAUUUUGAUAAUACAGAUAAACACAAGUCAAAUCACAAUGAAGUACAAUAAACAUUGCAAAGAAAAAAUAGAAGUAAAAAUAAGGGUUCUGAGGGGUGACCAAUAAAGCAUAGUUAGUGUCACCAGCCAUGCUACACUCAUGCCCUGAUCUAUUCAGAUACAUUUUUUCUCCUGUGUGGCUGCACAGUGUACUAACUUAUUCCGUGGAAGGUGCAGAGUUGCCCACCAUUGGAGCCCUUUGCUAUGGGUAUCAUCGCAGCAAGCAGACACGAAUCAAGUGCAUUCAUCCACACCUCCCUUUCAGUCGCUCGUGAUCCCCUUCACCUCAUUAAGCUUUCCCACUGCCUGAGUAUCUCUGUGUAGGGAGUCCCAUGAUGUGGCUAAAGUCAUGUAUCCUGAUCUAACACCAACAAACUUACUUGCUGUCUCCCAUACACACCCGCACCCCCUCUCUCAUCCUCUAACUUUCCCCGACAGGGUAGGGAAUUAGUCGGCAUAUAUAAUUAGCGAUGAUCAACCAAAGUAAUAACUAUCAAAAAUGGCAAACUGUAAUAGUCAAGGUGGCUUGUGGUCAAACAAAAGGGCAUGGAAUAGAUCUGUAAACCCCUAGUUGGCCUUUACACACCCUGAGAUACACCUAAUUGGGUAGAGUGAUUUAGGGUGGGGAUCCCAAACCCUACCCUGGACCCCUAUCUCCAAACUGAAGCUCUUAUCUGUUGGGUCCACCCCUGCCUUCAAGGGCACCAGAGGUGGAAUCUGCAAGGUUCUCAGGAGCUGUUGGAUCUUCCUCCACCGAUAUUGUUAGCACUGAAUCUGUAUGGGGUACCACUAAAGUUCCCAAUACUCCCCACCGAUAUCUGACACUGUGUUCCCUCAGCAACCUGGUAACAGGCAUGAAUCUUCGUCUGUCCAACAGGACAGAGAACAGCAGAUCAUCAUAAAUCUUGAUGGUACAGUCAGAUGGUACGGUUGGGUGGUUCCUGGAGUGAACUAGGAUGGCUGCCUUAACAGAAACAUCUCGAGUAACAUCUCUUGAGUAACAUGACAUCUCUUGGUGCGUCCGCUGGGGUGAUUGGGACCUUCCAAAUACGGAAUACCGAUGCUAUUGGUAAAGCUCCGUUGACUCCUUUCACCCCCAGUACUUCAGCCACCUUGUUGGAGAAGUCGAACAGAGCCUCCGGGCCCACAUCUUCCAGUACCACUCGUAUCCUAAUGAUUUUCUGUUGAUGUCGCCCUUCGAGUGAAGCUACUGUGCGGGUAAGUUGUUGGACCUCCAGGGAGAUUGUUGUCAUCUGGGAACGGGUCUCUGUUAACUGACACUCCCGUUCUUCUUCACGGGAACUCUUCGGGUUCUGCUGCCUAUCUCUGCUUGCACACCUGUCAGGUCUGCUCUCCAGCCUGCACGGAGGUCUAGUAGGAGCUUCUUAAUGUCUCCUUUUGUUGAUGGAGAUGUGUCAUUAUCCGAGUCCAUUCUCCAAUAUAUACCACUUGGAGCCCUCAAGGCAGUAGACCUCUCUUCCCCCUGAGAGUCCUCAGACUCCCUGGAGCCUCAUGGUCUCCCAUGCGCAAUCUUGUACUCGGCCUGCUGCUGCUGCCUAUCGAAGGACCUGCAGAUGUCUGAUAGUAGGGAGUUCUUUGCUUGGGCUAUUUUCUUGUGUUUGCACCCCAUGGCACUUUAGGGGGGUCUAGAAUGCUGUUCUAGCUGGUAAUUCUUGUCAAUUACGUGGCUUUACAGUCAAUUAGAUAACUAUAUAGCUGGAGCUCUUCUUAGACACGCCUGGUCUGUUUCACAGCUAGCAACGCCCCUCAAGGAAGUUGUUUUUAAAAAAAGAGUAAGCCUGGCUAAGGGGGUGUGGUUAUAGCUGUAAUUUCUAUUUUUGUAUUUUAUUUUUUUUCAAAACUAGAGAUUUGAAGAGAGAAAAUCACAGAAUUAAUGCCAAAUAAGAUUAUAUUAGAUUCAUCUUUAUUAUUACUGUGUACUGUACAUACAAAGACAAUGAAACAUAAUUGGCCUCCUAUCAGAAAUACAGUAGUGAUUGAUAAAAUAUACAAUAAAAUAAAAGAUGUAAACUUUAGCGAUCUUACAAAAUAGCAUAAUACAUCUAAUACCUAAGAAAUAAAAUCCAGUCCAAUAUAUAUAAUAUAUAUAUUUAGGAUAAAUUGGCCUAUUCUAUGGCCAUGGGCCUGGCACUGCAGCUCCACUAGUCCCUAUGUUAAUUUGGCUCUAUAUCAAUGCACGCCCGGCACUAUAACCACUACAGUAAUCUGAUACUUGGUGUGUUCCUUUAACAGCACAAUCCUUCAAAUUCAGUGAUCCUUUUAUUAAGGUGCCAAACUAAAAGGUGACAGUUCAGCCACACAAAGGUCUUUAUCAUACCGAACACACACACAAAUAACACAUAAAUAGACACUUAAUUAUACAAAGGGGUGGAGCAUCACCCUAAAAACAAUGAUUGACAUGUAGUUAACAAACUGCAUGUAUUUAAUCAAGCAGUGGAGAAUUACACUCAAAACAAUGUUUAACAUGUAGUUAACAAAGUGCAUAAAUACAUCAAGGGGUGGAACAUCACCCUCAAAACAAUGAUUGACAUAUAGUUAGUAAACAGCAUACUAAAUCAUGUGCUUUGACACGAGACAGGUCAUGUGGUGAAGUGAAAAACAAAUAUAAGUGAAAAAAGACAUGAAAGGCUAAAAACAUAAUAAUAAUAACAAAAUAUUUAACCAGGAAAGAUUCAUUCAGAUUACUCUGGUUUUCAAGUACGUCCUGGUGAUGUUACCUUAGCCCAACAUCCAGGGGUUGUUACUAACAUAUCUAAAAUGAAGUGCUAAAAGUGUCUAAAAUACAAUAGCAAUAGUGCAAUAUAAUAAUUCUUGUUACAUAAUCACUGAUUUAAAAUAUAUAUAUACGCAUUGUUUCAAAUUACCAAAACAUAAAAUAUUUAAUCUAACAUGAUACAAAAAUAAAGAAUUGUAUAAACCAAUGGAAUUGGCAAAUCAUCUGAUACACAAAAUACAUACAUUUUGAAUUAUUUAAAUUGCACUUGAUUCCCAGUACAACCAUGAUUGGCAAGCUUUCUGGUGACAUCCCUGUGACCACACCUCUAGAAAUAUAAUUAUAAUAAAUAUUAGAGAAAUAUACUCAUAUCAUAAUCUCUAUUCAUUCCAUAAGGCUCAAAACAAUUCAAUUAUUUCAUCCAAAACUGCUCUCUUUUCUUUAGAGCAUUCACCUGAGACUUGUGAAAAACAGAUUUGAUCACCUCUCCCUAAUCAAUCUUCCUGGCAUGGUCUAAUUAGUCAUUGCUCUCUUUAUUUCUACAGAUGCACCUCUUCUAACGUCAGAGACUCAGUCUAUCAUGCCACCACAACUGAACAGGUUUACGAAUGGAGCUAACCAACAAAAGAUUCGUCAUAUCAGAGAAGUUGUUGAAGACACAGACCCACCAUGCAAACGCAAGCCCAUGUACGUGGACUUUGAAGAGAUAGGAUGGGAUGCAUGGAUUAUAUCUCCAAAAGGAUAUAAUGCCUACUUCUGUAAGGGUACUUGUUCCUUCCCUCUUGGGCAGGAUAUGGGAGCUACCAACCAUGCUUCUGUGCAAUCAAUUGUCCACAUUCUCAAACUCAAUAAGGACGUUAGCAAACCAUGCUGUGUCCCAAAUAAACUCACCUCCAUAAACUUACUUUACUUUAAUGAAGAAGAGAAUGUUGUUCUUAAACAGUAUAAUGAUAUGGUGGCAGUAAGCUGUGGAUGUCUUUAAAUGCCCCGCGUCAUGCCAUAAACCUGUAGAUACUCAAUUUUAACCAAUCGUUCAAUCUGUGUCUAAAAGUAUGUACCAGAAACUUAUGAUCUUUAGAAGUUUGGGAUACAACAAUUAGACAAAAUUGUAUUCAAUAUUUAUGCUAUUGAUUUGUCUUCAGGUGUCCAACAGCCAGUAGAGGUGUGUUUUAAGCCACAUAUUUUACAUUGUCUCAGAAAAGGGAGAGCAUCUAUGCACCAAAACCACUACAAUAAGAUGUAGUAGUUUUGGUGCUCAGACUUUCCCUUCAACAAAGGUAUACAUUUAGAAUGCUUGCAAUCCAGAGGGUUUUAGCAUCAUGAAAAUGCAAUGCCACCAAUUUGUAACAUACCCUUCUUGCUACAAUAGUUGUUAUUGUAGGAAGAAGUAUAUUUUCUUACUUUUACAAUAGUUGUAAAGUAUUUUUGAAUGUGUACUAUGAUCAUUUUGCAGCUGAAGAUUUGAAAACAAAAUGUCUAAUUAGAUUUUAUUCUUGUAUAAUACUUGCAGUAAUUUCUGUAUAUUAAUUAUUUAAUAUAUUUAGUUUGUCAAUAAAAAAAUGUGUUUUAUAUUUAAAUAUUAAAUGCCAGUUCAUGAAAUGAGGGUCCAUUUUGUACAGUCUCCUUUGUAGGAAUCUUCUUUUUAAUAUCAGUUCAUCAUGGAGGCAGAAUGUCUAAUGACACCCUUCUUGAGUCACAUAGAUUAAAAAGCUUCUAGGAAAGACAUAAGAAGACAAAGACAGUGACAAAAAGAUGUAUUAACAGUCCUGUGAGUGGCGAGCCUUAAGGAAAUGCUACAAAUACGCUAAAAAGAAAAAGUCCCUGCAAAAUGGUUACUGUAAACCGUAGGACAAGCUGAAGAUAGGAUUUCAGAAAUACUUGAUAUGGUUUGACUGGCCUGAUCGAGGGAUUCUAGACAUCAGUAUAAUCAAAAUAUACAAAGUCAAAAGUGUACCAUGCACGGAAAUUCAGGAGCAUGGUAGCUAGUGGACACAUUGGCUUAUAUAUUGAAGUGGGCAACAAUAAAUGCACUUACAUGAUUUUUUAGGCAGUGUUUGACAGGGCCUGGAAAGCUCUAGGUCUAAUUUUGGCCCUUUUCAUUGUUAGCCCCAAAUCCCAAGUAAUACCAAGAGAGAAAUAACAUCUCAAAUUGCAUAAUUUGUGAUAGAGCCACCUACAAGGAACUUCCCAAGUGACAUAACCACUACAGUGAGCUCUACAAAGGUUUCACCACUAAGCUGGGCUCUGCUAGUCACCACUCCCCCUCCUCAGCCUCCAGGAGAACUAGGACCUUCCAUUAGCUCUGCUGGGCUAAACUCAAGCUGCAAAGGAGGCAAGGAGUGGUGCCCGGCAUGCCCCAGGUAAGAAUUGAAACCGUUCUGAAAAGGAUUGACUAUCUUGGGGUAAUGUUUAUGGUGCUUGGAGUGUUGAAAAAACGCACAAUAUUUGAAGAUAAUUAUUCAGCACAGUGUGGUAUUGCUAUGAGUGCAGGGUUUUAAUGCAGUGGGCUGCAGUGUUAGUUAACACAGCAUGACUUGUGAUUAAUACAGCAGGUGUGCAGUUUAUCAUUAUGCAUUUCUAUAUUAUUCUGAAUUAAUCCAAAGAUUUGGUGUCACACUGUAAUUCAUACAACAUGUUAGGGUUUAGAGUUGGACAUGGUACAUGGUAUAUGGCUGGUUUGAGUAGGGGCUUCAGUCAAUAUGUGGGAGGGAGCAUAACAUUUACCUUUGGUCUGAAACCAAUGGUAUUGUUGCUACAUAUCAACACCCCUUGGGGUAAGAUUAGCACAAAUACAUACCCCCAAUAUACCACCCAAAGUUGGACGAACCCACAUGGAAAGGGGGAGCCUCUGCUCAAAGAAUAGACAGAUCAGCCUGAUUGGAGUGUAUUGCAGGAUGCCUGUCAAUCACUCAGGUUAGCCCACUAAGGGUGGACCAUGCAAAUAGCUAUCCAACUUCUGUUUGUUUUUAUUCUGGACGGAGGUCCACUGCACCUACGGCUUAUGGCAUGUACUCAUGGCCAUGCCACAGUUAAAAAGGAUUAUAUAUUAUUAAUGCUCCUGAGGAAGUUGAAGAUCAGCAAAAUGCGUAGCGCUAUUCCUUGGAAUUGAAUUAUUGCCACAUCCAGACAUCCUAUUUUAACCAGCUGAGGACCUUUUCCUUUGAACUGCGGUUAUCUUUUGGAAUAUGGAAAGUGGCUAGUCUGGAGUAUAAGAGCCCUUUGGAUCCAAUGCACUGUUUGUACAAUUUAUGUUGUGCCUUAUUGUUCUGAGUGGCUUUUUAUAUGCUUUUAAUGUUACCACAUGACAGAAGUUUUCAUAUUUAGCAUUCUUUCUUUACCGAACCUCCAAUUCCAGCAUUAACAAUCAAUCCAGAAACAACCAAUCAGAAAAAAAGAGGUUGAGUAAAGGACAUAACUUCCUCUUUCUUUGCUACCACAGACUCCAGUUCAGGUAAGAGUAUUUGUAUUAGGGGGAGCUCCUACUGCUUACUGUGCCAAUCUACCGCUGGAAUUUACAGUCUGUGUAGUAUUAUGGAGGAAUUUCAGCCUCACAGGGGGGAUUUCUAGGCCAUGUUCAACACUGCUGUUGCAGCUUCAGGGUAAAAGGCCUGCUCUACAGGUGUCCCUCACCUGCCUGUGGACUCUGCAGUGUCACAACCUCAGAUGGCUCAUUGGUGGAUGCCGCUGA